ACCUAAACAAGAACCCCCCAACUAUAGAGAUGGUAUUAACUGAGUCUUCAGAUGAUUAUUUCUUUCAAUUGAGUUCCCAAGGUAUUCAGACAUCAUGAGUUUUGAGUUUUCCGUCUAUACUCUUCACAAUUUCGUAAGAGAUAACCUCAAGUUUCCCAAAAACGAUGUUGUUAAAUUGGAUUGAUUUAUGUUCUUUGGCAGGAUUGAAUGGCAGACUCAACUAAAGUAUUUACAAAAACCUUUUGAGAGACUAAAAAUCCUUUUAGGAACUUAAGCGAGACCUUUUCUAUAAUUGGGGGACUUGUUUAAGCUUUGCCUCGCGGCAAGUUCGAAAAUAUCGUUAACGAGUUGCCAAAACGGCGGUUUUUUUAGGGCAAUUUUUGUCAAUGGGAAAAAAACUUCAGCAAGUGCACCCUAAAUAAACCCUCGCUACGCCUGUGGCUGAGAUCUUUAACAGAGAGUUGAAAAUCAGAAUGGCGAAGCGAGAUUUGUCGGGUUCGGAGCCCGAUGAAAGCGAGAAUUCAAGUUCGGAAGAAGAAGGAGAAGAAGUGGGGAAGCUGAAGGGGAUAACGGAGUAUGAGAAACAGAGACUAUCGAGAAUCGCGGAGAAUAAAGCUAGAAUGGAGGCUCUGGGUCUUAAUAAAAUGGCAACUUCUUUGAUGGGUUCGGUUCAGAAGUCAAGGCAGCGAAAAGGGAAACAAAAAUUUGUUGAUGACGAGGAAUAUAGGCCAAUUGAUGAGACUGCUAGUGAUGACGAUGGCGAUGAUUUUGAUGACGAAGAUUUUGUGGGAGGUCAAUCUUCUUCGAAGUCUCGGAGAAGUAAGGAUAAGAGGAAAAGUUCAAAACCUAAAAAAAUUCCUGUUCAGAAGCAUGUUAGUGGUGCAGAUUACAUUUAUGGGGAUGAUGAUGAAUUAAUGCAGGCAAUUGCUCUGUCAUUGCAUGAUUCUGCAAAUGAUGCAACUCCCAAAGAGAGAAAGGUAGAUGCUCAGGUUCAAGAAGAUGCAGGAAGGAAGAAGAGGAAAAAAGCGUUCAGUAGUCGGGUGCAGAUGACUGAGGAUGACCUUAUCUUGCAUUUCUUUCAGUUUGAUGAGGCAGGAAAAGGGGCAAUAACGAUGAGAGAUCUCCGAAGAGUAGCAAUUGCUCAUGAUUUUACAUGGACAGACAAGGAAUUGGCUGAUAUGAUACAUUGCUUUGAUGGUGAUGGAGAUGGGAAGGCACAAGGACUCUUUCCAAAUGCCGUGGCACUUUUUGAGUGUUUUAGUUUGGAACUUUGAACAGUUUGCUGAUCUGUUGCUCUAAGUGGAUGCAUUGUGAGCCAAGGAUAUUCAUGUAAUUGGAAACUUGUCUUAUUAUCAAGUACUCUUAUGCCGCUCACUUUAAUCUUGAAUCAAUGAUCAAAGAACUUCUUUCCCUUAUUUGUUAAUUACAUUAUCUAGGCCUAGCGAAUCACUUGAUAACUUUCUACACAUUCCAAGAUUGCAUUUUGCAUGUGACUAUUUCCAGAGCUUGAUUCUCCAUCUGUUCAACACUUGCUUCAAAGUGAAUUAUACUUUGCUGUCAUGGCUUUCUUAUCAUUGUUUCAUCAAAACUGCCCAAUACAUUGGUGGAUGAGGUCUCAAUUCAUAUGUUAAACUUUCCAUAUUUACUUGUAAUGUUCUCAUGCU